CCUUGCAGGCGCUUCCUCUUCCGGGUUGGCGCUCGCGCCGCCUCGUGGGGUGCUGCAUGGGUCACCGCUUCCUGCGCGGUGCCUUUACACUGCUGUGGCCUCGGUCUCCUCCCCAAAGCCUGUAUCGCAUGCAAGGUUCAGAAUCCGUCCGGCCCCCCAAAAGACCCCGCAGCGACCCCAUGGCACCGCCCCGGAUCGGGACACACAACGGCACCUUCCACUGCGACGAGGCGCUCGCGUGCGCGCUGCUCCGCCUCUUGCCGGAAUACCGGGAUGCAGAGAUUGUGCGGACUCGGGACCCCGAAAAACUGGCUUCGUGUGAUGUCGUGGUGGAUGUGGGUGGGGAGUACGACCCUCAGAGACACCGAUACGAUCAUCACCAGAGGACUUUUGCAGAAACUAUGAGCUCCCUGUGCCCUGGGAAACCGUGGCAGACCAAGCUGAGCAGUGCGGGACUCGUCUAUCUGCACUUCGGGCACAAGCUCCUGGCCUACUUGCUGGGCACUAGUGAAGAAGAUAGCGUGGUGGGCACCAUCUAUGACAAGAUGUACGAGAACUUCGUGGAGGAGGUAGAUGCAGUGGACAAUGGGAUCUCCCAGUGGGAGGAGGGGGAACCUCGUUAUGCCCUGACCACGACACUGAGUGCCCGGGUUGCUCGGCUUAAUCCUACCUGGAACCAGCCCAACCAAGACACUGAGGCAGGGUUUAAGCGUGCAAUGGCUCUGGUUCAAGAGGAGUUUCUGCAGAGACUGGACUUCUACCAGCACAGCUGGCUGCCGGCUCGGGCCUUGGUGGAAGAGGCCCUGGCCCAGCGGUUCCAGGUGGACCCAAGCGGAGAGAUAGUGGAACUGGCAAAAGGUGGAUGCCCUUGGAAGGAACAUCUCUACCACCUGGAGUCUGUGUUGUCCCCACCUGUAGCUAUCACUUUUGUUAUCUAUACUGACCAGGCUGGUCAGUGGCGAGUCCAGUGUGUGCCCAAGGAGCCCCACUCAUUCCAAAGCCGGCUGCCCCUACCAGAGCCAUGGCGGGGUCUUCGGGAUGAGGCCCUGGACCAGGUCAGUGGGAUCCCUGGUGGUAUUUUUGUCCAUGCCAGUGGCUUUAUUGGAGGGCACCGCACUCGAGAGGGUGCCCUGAGCAUGGCCCGGGCCACUCUUGCCCAGCGACUGACACCUAUCUCCCUUGCAAAUCCCUAACUCUAAUAAAACUUCUUCCAUUUUUUUAAAACAA